AAGAUAGAACCGUGGUUAUAUAGUGGUUGCUAUGGAUGUCAAAAUUAAAUAGGAACCACAACAUUACAAAAUAGAAUAUAGUAUAAUAGGUAGUAGCUGAUUAGUAACUGAGAUUUUAUAAUACCGAAACACAAUGUGUGUAUUAUUAAAAUAAAAAUAUUAAGUUUGAAAUAUGAAAAUAUUACCUAGGUGUUUUGUAUAGGUACUGGAAAUACUAUCAAACAAAAAACUUAGUAAUAUGGUAGGUGAACAAAUAUUGCAACUACUUACAUUAUAAUGUAGAUAUACUUAAAUAAAUAAGUACCUAACUAUACUAACACGAUUUUAAAUUUAUAAUAUUUAGUAUUUGAUAGAUUUUCACUGUAUACAUGUUUAAUUUGAUUUAUAGAUCUUAUCACGUGUGAAACCAGCGGUUGAACCGAAAUUAGAGAAAACUCAACCGUCCAAUCAUAAAAUAACAGCAAAAGAUUUCAUUGAGAAAAGGGACUACACUGGAGCAUUGACGAUUUUGAAAGUAAAUAUUAAAAUCAUUAUCUUUGUUGUAUUAAACAAAAUACAAGAUAGAGGAUAUGUAAAGGUUCAUACCCGUGUAAGAAAUGUGUGUGAAAUAACGUUAAAUUUUGGGGUUGAAGUAGCCAGUAGGUGUGCAUCAGUGGUUGGCUUUGAGCCCUUACUUACAUGUUUUCAGUUGUAAUGAAUGAAUUAUAAGGUGAAGUAUAUGAUGUCUGCAGUUGAUAUAGUUUUGAUAGGAGAAAAUCGAAAAGAAGUUAACAACAGGCUUUCGCCCCUUCCCCCAUUUUUGAACUGACAGCAGUGGAGGAUCUGUUUUUCCCUUUACUUCUCAGCUGCUGUUAACAAUAGACUUGAAGAAUGGAGAAUGGAGAAUAACAUUUGAAGAAUAGGGUAGAAGUAAAACAGAGUAUACUGCUGCUCAGUGGAAUAUACAGGGGGGAGCUUAAGGGCUAUAUCCCCAUAUUGUCUUAAAAAUACAAAAAAAUAACGAGUAAUCUAUUAUCGAAAUCCAUUUUUUAAGUAUCGAGAAAAAACUUGGCGUAUUGAUUAAAAAUUGGCCAUUUUUUUAGGAUUCGGCUUUUAAAUUAUCAAUUCCCACAGUCAAGUUGGUUAGAGAAGAUGAAUUUAGUUUUAUUCACGAUUCUUAUUUGCUACAUCCCUUAUAAUUAAUAAUUCCUGGGCACGCCAUUGCUGCUGGUAACAAUAGGUUUGAUAAAUGAAAAGUAGCACUUGAAGGAAUGGGUAGAACAGGGAUAUAAUUAAAAUUAAAAUUUAAUUCAAUUAAAUUUCAAUUAAAAAAAAAAUGUUGAUCACUUCGCACGCUGGAAUUCCCAUUCAACGUUCAAAUACUAUAGAGAAAUAUUUCUGUUAAAAAAUUAAGAAACUAAAUGUUAAUACCAAAACAUCUAUUCACUGUCAACUUUUUGACAUAAUCACAUUGAUAUCAUGAUAGUACUAAUGUACUAUCUUUCAAUUUUUGAUUGUUUACUUCAUAAUCCAUGGUAACAAUUACCUUUUCGAGGUAUUAAUUGCUCUCACAUCUUAAACAGCCGGACCGAUAGAGGCAGCCAUUGGUAGUGGUUGCAUUCUAUAUUUUAUCAAUGGCGCGAUUAUAUAAUAUUUUAUGUGGGCCAGACAAAAAUUAGGGCUGCCAAAUUAUAGUCUGAAAUCUGAAUUUCUCAAAUGACGACCCUGGGAUCAAAUUAUAUAGAACAUAAGAGGUAAAAAGAGAGCACCUAAUAAUAUAGAGUAUGCUGGCGUGUACAACAAGAAUACUAAAAACUAGGUUUUUGGAUACAAUUGAGAAUGAUAUACUACAAUGUAAGUAUGUGUAGAUGAUGUGAAGGCUCGAGCUAAGAUACUAACAGAAAUUUUAGACUAGAGUGGCCGAUCCCAAAUAGCUGGGAUAAAUGCUAAGGAGAAUAAUAUUGUAUUUUGAACAGUUUUAUUUAGAUAAAUUAUGAAUGUAUUAUAGGUACCUAUAUAGUUUAUAUCCUAUAGAUGCCUAUACAUUAAAAAUAAAGGGAUAAGAGAGGCAGAAUACCUCUUCAUUUUUAAAAUUAUUUAGUAUUUAAUAUUUUAAUUUUUCAUAAAGGGUAUAAUACACAUGCACGGAUGUAGACAUUUUAAUCUCCAACUAAAUUAGUACGCACUUUUUUUCAAUUCUGAAUUUAAACAUUGAACAUUUUAUAGGAAACUGCUAUAAAAAAUAUAUAAAACAACAUAAAACAUCAUAUUAACAUAAAUACUUAAUAAAUCGUUACUUUAGUUCGAUAAAGAAAAAUCUAAAGAAGACACCGAUUUGGAUCAAUGGAUUGCAUACUGUUAUUUUCAUUUAGCCGAUUACAAUAACGCUAUGUUAAUUUACAAAAAUCUUAGUGAAAAUUCAAAACCAAAACACGUGUUUGUCAAUUUAGCUUGUUGCUAUUUUUAUUUGGGCAUGUAUCCAGAAGUUGAAGAAGUAAUUUAUUAUAGACAAUAGAUUAUUUGUUAGAUAUUAUAAUUAAGUAUAAUAAUACUAUUUUUACUUAUUAUUUAACUAUAUUAACAAGGCAUUAGAGAAAUCCGAUAUUUCUGACGUAAAAAUCCGAUUGCAAUUUCAUUUAGCACACAAACAAGGCGAUGAAAAGAAGCUUAUGGAAUUCCAUGAACUUUUAGCAGAUGUGGUUGAAGACCAAUUAUCAUUAGCAGCUAUACAUUAUCUUAGAUCGCAUUACCAAGAAGCAAUUGAAAUUUAUAAAAAAUUGUUAAUAAACAACCGGUAAAUACUAUUUACUAAAUAUCAAAAGAUAAAUCCUAUGCUGUAAAUAUUAAUAAUAUUCCAAACAUAUUUUAUAAGUUAGAAUUUAUUAUUAUUUAUAACAUAUUAAAAUAAUUUAAUAAUUUUGAUGAGUUCCUAACAUAAUAUUUGUGGGUUAAUUCCCUGUGUACCUAGGUAGGUACCUAUUUUCGUAUACAUAACUGAUUAGUCAAAUCAUUACCUGUAUACAAUGUAAUUUUAAAAUCUGAAAAAAAAAAGAUUUGAAUUAAUUUUGUAUAUUGUAGUGAUGAGAAAUAAUCGUAAAUCUGGAUUAUUCGAAAAUUCGAAUUCCGGAUUACAAAAUCAAGAAUCCAGAUUUUUCCCAUUGAUUAACAUAACAAAAUAGAUGUUAUUUAUUUCAGGUUAACUUUAAAUGUUUGUUUCUCUUACAUUUUGAAUUUAUACCCAACCAAAAAUGAAUACAACUCAAUAGACUUGCAUACAUAAAUUUAAAUUUUUUGGAAAACCACAGGAAAAUAAAUGUAAAAUAAAGAGAGAAGUUGAUUUCAAACAAAUUUCACAUAAAAUUCAAUCAUAUCAAAUCGAAACUUUCAAUCCUUUAGUUCUUACGUUAUACCGUAUUUAAUGUUAACAAUAUGAAAUAUAAUUUUAAGUAUGGUUAGCUAAACAAAUAUUUAAAUCUAUACAUAUUUAGCAACUAAAUAAGCAUUAUUUUACAGGAAUUAUUUAGCAUUAAAUGUUUAUAUGGCUCUUUGUUAUUAUAAAUUAGACUUUUAUGAUGUCUCUCAAGAAAUUUUAGAUUCAUAUUUAAAAAAAUAUCCAGAUUCUAUGAUUUUAACUAAUUUAAAAGCUUGCAAUUUGUACAAAUUAUAUGAUGGUAAAGCUGCUGAAGCAGAAUUAAAAAAUCUUAUAGUGAGUUUACAAAUAUGUAUUAAUUUAUUUUUGUAUAAUUCAAUAUUUUAACAGUUCUGUGUUUAUUAAUUUAAAAUACAAGGCUAGAAGACCACCAACAUUUAAGUUUUGUGAAGAUUUAAUUAAACACAAUAUGGUUGUGUUCCGCGAAGGAGAGGGUGCUUUACAAGUGUUGCCAACCCUUGUUGAUAUUCUUCCAGAAGCUCGUCUAAAUUUAGUAGUCUACUAUUUGAAGCAAGGGGAAAAUGAAGAAGCAUAUGAGUUAAUUAAAGAUUUGGAACCUGCUAUCCCCCAGGAAUAUAUUUUGAAAGCUAUUGUUAAUGUGGUUUUUGGUCAAGAUAAAGGAGAUGUAAGACAAAACCACCCAAAAUUUAAACAUUCUUUAAUAGAUACAUUAAAAUAUACGAACUAUAUUAUUUUUAGACUAAACAGAUCGAGAAUGGUCAGAGUUUAUUCAAUAUGGUAGGAAGUAGUUCUAGUGAAUGUGACACGAUACCAGGUCGACAAUGCAUGGCUUCAUCCCUAUUUUUAGAAGGGCGGUAUGAUGAAGUUAGCUUGUAUCUUAGUUCAAUAAAAAGCUAUUUCUCAAGUGAUGACAGUUUUAAUUUUAAUUUUGCUCAGGUUUUCAUUUAUUAUUGUUUGAACUUAGUAACAUAUUAUACUAUCAAAAAGAUUAAAAUUUAAAUAUUUAAUAUAGGUUAAAUUAGCUUUAGGCGAGUACAAGGAAGCUGAAGAAAUGUAUUUACAAGUCAAAAAUGCCAAAAUACGAGAAAACUUUAUUUAUAUAAAUCAUUUAACGCAUUGUUGUAAGUUUAAUUUAUUGAUGAAAUGAAAUGAAGGGUAUAUAUUUAUAUAUUUGUUAAAGAUUAUUAUUUGUAUUUAUGUAGGUACUUACCUAAUUAUUACAUAAAUAGUUAAUAGUAGUAGGUAGGUACCUCAUAAUUGUGUAAACAUUUUUGUUUAUAGUUAUUAUGAAUAAAAAGCCACAAUCUGCAUGGGAUUUGUAUUUGAAAAUGGAAAAUUCACACGAUUCAUUGAUGAUACUGCAAUCAAUUGCAAAUGAUUGUUAUAAAACUAAUCAAUUUUGGCAAUCAGCUAAAGCUUUUGAUAUGCUUGAAAGAUUAGAUCUAUUGCCUGAGUAUUGGGAAGGAAAACGUGGUGCUUGUGCUGGCAUGUUUCAACAAAUUGUUCUUGGCAAGCAACCAAAGUAAUGUACCUAUUCAUUAUUUAUUUGUUUUUUAACUGAUAAAAUAAAAACGAGCCGAUACUGAGUAGGUAUGCCACUGUUGUAAGUAGGUAAGAUACAUAAAUUAUUUAACUUAUAACUGUCCUCAAUGAUAAACCACUGCUAUCAAAAAACGAUUAAAAGUAAAGUUUAGUUUUAAUUUUUUCAAAUACUUUUAUUUGUUCUUAAAACACUUAAAGCAAAAAAAAAAACAAUUACAUUAUUAUUUCUGUUGUGUCAAACAAUUUAUAAACAAUACCUACCAAGUAAAAACUAAAAAAACUCAAAAAUGUUUUAAACAUGUAUAAUAAUUGGGAAAACCAUCCAUCCUCACCAAAAAAAGGAAAAACCUAUAAGCCUUUUUAGGCGUUGCUCAAUUUUAAUUAAAAUCAAAAAUUUACUUAUUGUUCACCCAUUAGAUAAAAAUUUCUUUCAGAAAAGAUGGAAGGUACUCUUGAAAUUUCAAGCAAGAUUUCUGGUAGAAAAAGUUGAAAUUAAUUGGAAAUGUUAAUGCCACCACUGGUGUAAUAAAUAAUUUGUCCGUUUUUUCUAUAUGUUUUCCAAGUUUUCACAAUUAUUAUAACACUAAAUGAAAAAUUUAAAAAUGAAGCCUUAGACUAAUUAGAUCCAAAAUAAAACAAAAAAAGCUCUCAAUAUUUAUCGAUUGGCCCAUAAUUUCCGGUAGAAAAGUUAUUUACAGACAAAAAAAAAAAUGAAAAAAAAAUGAGCACAUAUGUUACAUGAUAGUAAAAUCCAUACAUUCCUCGCUACACUCAGAAUCUAAGCAUAUUUUAUAAACCUAUACAUUAUGUAUGAAUAACAUAUGUUUAUGUAUAUAAGUAUACCUACUAUUGAGCUAUAUAUCGUGUUUAUGUAUAAAUUAUAAAUCAUAAAUUAUCAUGGCUGUAUAAUACACUUAUAAAUUAUUACCUCUAUAAAAUAAUUGAUUAUACGUGUAUAAAAUACAAUUUUAACUCGCAGAAACAUUCAAAUUACUUACAUAUAUAUAAGAAUAAUAUAUUAAAUGCAUAUAUAGGUAUUUACUUAGAUAGGUACCUAUGUUACCUAUGUUAUCUAUAUAGGUACCUGUACUUUGUUGAAUAUUUCCUAAAUAUAUGUAUAUAGUUAGGUUUAUAAGUGAAUAAGCUUAAAAAAUAAAAUAUGAUAUUUGUAUUUAUUUAUACAGAGAUCAGAUAGCUGAUGUCAUACAGUUAUUGAGAAAUUCUGCCAAUUCACAAGUUGAACAAAUUAUCAAAAUGAUGAAGAAAUGGGCAAAAAAUAAUAAUGUAAUUGUUUAG